UUGAAGAUGUGGCCACAGAUCCAGUAUAUGUGAACAUACAAGAACUUCAGUUGGAGCACAGUACUACCACUGCCAACGAUUCCCACUCCCCAUUCCAGCUGUGCCUCAGCAACCCCUUGAACAACUGGGAAAUUCACACCGACACCAAAAGUGGUCAUUUCUUCUAUUACAAUUCUGUGUCUGGUCAGACAACUUGGGAGUCUCCUUUUGAGGCUUCCUUGAAUAGUGUGAGUCUUUCCCACUCCCGCUCUCCCAGCCCUGUCUCAUCUGCUGAGUGGAACCAGUAUGUAGAUGAGGCCAGUGGGCAAAUAUUUUUCUAUAACGCAGCAACAGGUGAGACUUCGUGGGAGGCACCAAAAGAAAUUCUCAAUCCUCCAGAGAUGCGGCCUGCACUUACUAGGAGAUCUCCGGAUCAGAGGCCACCAACUCCAGAAACAGACUACCCAAAACUUUCUCCUCGAGAACUUGAACUUUCUCCAGAGGAAGAUUAUUCUCCAGAUGGAUCCUACAAACAAUUUGACUAUACUGGUAUUCCUUCAGCAGACCAGGGUUGUGCCUCCCUUGGCACCCCAGAAACAUCAAUGUUUGAUGUCCCAGAGAUGAUGACCACUUCUGGCGAUCACCAGAGUACCAGUAGUGGAUCUAGUCGUGGCAGCAGUCCUUUUGCAAGUUGGUCCCCCAACCAGUCAGUUCAUCCGGGGUCAAAAGAUGAGCAGCUGAGAUCUCUUGAGAAAGCUGGGAUGCUCUAUCGGACAAGAACAGCUGAUAAAGGGAAACGUCUGAGGAAGAACUGGACCUGUGUAUGGACGGUUUUGGAAGGUGGUGCCUUAAUAUUUUUCAAGGACUCCAAGCAUUCAGCUUCCAGUGGCGUAAAACAUCCCUCUGUGCUAAGUAGUCCAGAGUUUAGAGUGAAUCUUCAUGGAGCAUCUCUUUCCUGGGCCCACAAAGAUAGAUCAAGUAGGAAGAAUGUCUUGGAGCUGAAGACACGGGAUGGCUCAGAGUAUUUGAUCCAACAUGAUUCGGAAUCCAUUGCCAGCAUGUGGCACAAUGCAAUUAAUAAUAGAAUUGGCAGACUGUCUAUAGAUUUCCCUUUGGAAGAGAAUGAUGAUAAUUCAGCAGCUGUAAAAUCCAAGGAACAAACAGGAGGGAACAAAGAGAAAGAAAGUGAAAAAAAGCAUCCAGUUUUCUGGCACUCUCACAGUUCUGACAGUGAUUCCAACAAAAUCCGCAAUGUGCUCAGGAAAUUUCUGCUGAAGCGUCCAUCUCUACAAUAUCUGAGAGACCGAGGCUACAUUAAAGAUCAGGUGUUUGGAUGUGCUCUUCAAGUUCUUUGUGACCGUGAAAAGAGUACAGUGCCUCACUUCGUCAGGCAGUGCAUUGCCACCGUGGAGAAAAGAGGUUUGGAUAUUGAUGGACUUUAUCGUAUAAGCGGUAACCUGGCCACAAUACAAAAAUUGCGCUACAAAGUUGACCAUGAUGAGCAUUUGGAUCUUGAUGGUGGCCGUUGGGAUGAUGUUCAUGUCAUCACUGGGGCACUCAAACUCUUCUUCCGUGAACUGCCUGAACCGCUCUUCCCCUUCAGCUAUUUUGACAGAUUAAUUGCUGCUGCUAAAACUAUAGACCCCACAAAGCGAAGGCAUGACUUACGAGAGAUUGUCUAUUCUCUACCUCCUGCUAAUUUCAAUACCACGAGGGUUCUCUUCCAGCAUCUUUCCAGGGUUAUAGAGUUCCGGGAGAAGAACCGCAUGUCUCUGCAGAGUAUUGCAAUUGUUUUUGGGCCAACUUUAUUGAGGCCACAAGACGAAGAAGGAAAUAUAGCGAUGUACAUGUUUUUCCAGAAUCAGAUUAUGGAGCAGAUCCUUAGUCAGACCAGUUACAUAUUCCCAGAAAGCUAGACAUAGAGCUGUACAAUGGAGUGGCUUCAAUGUGAGAACAACUCCUGUAGCUGUAAGAAAAGAGGUGUCACUGGCUAGAGCCAAAGAUAGGGACAAUGAAGCUGACUGAGAAACAUUUGGCAAGCAAUCAAAUCUUCUCCGCUGGAUUCAAAAAGUUUGUUUUUGUAGGUUGGAAACAUGGGUGAGGAAACCCUGUUGGACAAGUAAUGGGCUAAUUGCCUGGCACGGUAUUCUGCAUCCGUGAUUUUCAACACUUUUGUUGACUAUGUGAUUUAGUUUGUGUAAAGUUUGGGGAAAGGGGGAGGCUUUGUGAGUGAAUCUAAAGAUUUAUUUUUCAACCAAAGUAAUUAUUUUUCAAGCAAUACUGCUAGUUUUGAAGGAGUUGAGGGAAAUAGUAUACCGAUUAAUAUAUUUUGAAUCUUGAGGAGGCUUUUCUUUAAUGAAAUAUUGUUGAAAAUGUGAGAUGGGCUUGAAGAGAGUCAGACUUUCAUUUGGUUAACAUUGGUUGCUCUGACCCCACUUUAUUGAUUGCAAGACAUAAAAUGUCACAGUACUAAUACAUGAUCACAGUAUUGGCAUUGUAAUACAGAAUUCAGAUUUGUUGUAUUAAUUUCUGUGUAUCAUUGCUUGUUCCAAUAUAUGUGUAAAUUAUCUGACGUAAGAUAACUUGCACUUUGAGAUAAAUAAAGAGGAAUUCAACUUA